AUGCCGACUUUUGAGUCCUUUUGUGCGGAGGAGUCGCUCCGACAGAGGCGAGAGGGCUUCAAGGUGCCGACGACGGCUGAGUCGUCUGCGUACCUCCAGUGGCAGCGCGAAGCCCGGCGGCGUUGGGAGGCUACCAAUGGGAAAGACGAACAAUCACUCAUCACAAAGGAAGUUGAGCGAGGUGCCGCGAGUGUGAUAGCUGCGGUUGAGAAUGAGGCACAUUGCAAAACAUUCGCCCUGCUUCCCAGUUUUUUACCGCCACAGAAGGAGCAGCGGGAGAUGGUGUCUUUUUUAGAGUUGUUGCUGCGCCUGUCGAUGCUUGAUCGCGAUAAUGCAGGUUUGCUAGCUGCUAUCGGGGGCUUUCGUAGCUACGUGACUGAGUUGCAGAAAAAGGGUGUUCUUGCAUGUUCCCGGGGAAAGUACCCGGAAGUGUACAUUUUGUACGAAUUAUUUUCAUUGCGGAAGAUAUUGCUGAACUGGGGAAAAUUCAAACCAGAACAUCAGAAAGCGGCUGCGGACACGGCGUUGGCGCUUGUGGAUCAUGCAAAAUCGCCGAAAUACACGAAACUAGGGAUUCAACUGAGAGAAGCAAAGGAGAACUCACAGCCAGUUGGUGGAGCUAUCACUGACAUAGUUAUCUCCUUGGAACAGGCGUGUGGCGAUACACCAUACGCAUUUCCCUCUCUGUGCCGUAAAGUGAUGGCGGUGGUGCACCCACAUUACACCGGCCCGUCGGGGACGCUGGUGUCUGAUAUCGCUCCAGAGAACGCUGUGAUCAGCGGUGAUAAUAUCACUUCCUCGGACGAUGAGUGCGUUGGUAGCAUCAUUAAGGUGAAUCGUCUUGCAGUAAAGCGGCCGAGGCUUGAGUACACGAGAUCUCUACCAAAUGCGGUAGGUUCCACCGAUCACGCGACUAAGGCGGCGGUGGUGAGUGGCCAUGAUGCCUGCUGCUCCAAGUUCCAUGCGCUCUACUCCAAACCAGAAAAGCAUGCCAGCAAGGGAUGCCAGUUCUGCGUUGUUUGCCACAUGAUGGAAAAGCUGUUUAACGGUUACGCAAAUGACUGCUACUGGAAUCAUCGGCCAACUGAGCGUAGGAUAAUGUUCCACCUCAGGCGUUUCCCUGAUGUUUGUGCCACAGCAUUGCAGCGCCUUUCAAAUCUGGAGCAGGGUGUGGUGCUGCCCCCGUUUCAUGGUAUCCCUUUGGGUUGA